AUGUCAGCUCUCCAGGCGAAGCAGCAGCAGCAGCUCCGGGUGGGCUCCGCACGCUCCCUGGGCUGCAGGGAUGGGACGGGGGCUCCUCGGUCACCGGCCUUCGGCUCCUUCCACCGCCGCUACCUCGGGGCCGGCGGGCCCGCCGGGGCCAUGGCGGCGUCCGAGCAGCGCUGGGGCGGCCGGGCCGGCGCCCCGUGCCCGCUGCCUCAGGCGGAGCCGGGCGCGGGGCUGCGAGGCCGGGGAGCUCCGGGAGGCCGGUUCCUGCCCAGCGGCCGGGCCAGGCGGGGCCGGGCGGGCGGAGCGGGGCGAGGGGCCGCGGGUACCCCGGGGCUGCGGGACUGGCGGGGGGCGGCAGAGGCGGCGAGGGAGAUCCCGGAACCCCCGGGCCGGCGGGCGGGCGGUCACAUCCCCUUCCGGCCCCUCCUCCUCCGCCGCCCCCGCCUCCCGCCCGGCGCUGCCCGAGCCCGGCCCCGCUCCCGGCUCCGGGGACCGGCCGGGCCGCGAAGGGCCGCGGGGAGUUCCCGGGAGAAGCCUCUGAGGAGCGUGGCCGGCAGGGCGAGGGAGGGGAUCCUCCCUUUACGCUGCCCUGGUGAGGCACAUCUGGAGUGCUGUGCCCAGUGCUGGGCACCUCAGGACGAGAUGGGCAAGGAGCUGCCGGAGAGGGCCCUGCGGAGGAUUUGCAGCCAGAGGAUUUGCGGCUGGAGCGUCUCUCCGAUGAGGAGACACUGCGGAGCUGGGCCGGGCAACAUUCACCAGCAAGGGAACUAGUCACCAACUCCAUAUCUGGGCACAACUGCACCAUGUAUUAACCCUGGAGGAGGCAGCACAGGAGGUGCUACAGCUGCUUUACAGUGUCAGACACUGGUGAACAAAGAAAUCAGAUUGGUCUGAGCUGUUUUAAUGCCUGCAUGGGCCUUUUAGUUCCCCAUAUAAAAAAUGAACACUUAGCAGGU